UGCGUUUUGUAAAGAGUUGUGUUUUAUUGUUUUAAAGUUGAAUGACGACAGUGAAGCUUUAAAGUGGUUAUCUUCACUUGCAGGUUCAUCGUCGGUGCCAACACUGCAUUGCGUUGCAAACGUACACAGACAUAGACAACAGGGUGCACUGUGUUGUGAUUGUAUAGAGCCAAUGCUAUGUUUCUCACUUGGCACAUGAGCUGAACUUCAUUUCACGCUUGUUUUAUAGAUAUAUCUUUAGAGCAUGCCUCUUGUUCUUGCAUCUUUGUUUCCCAGACCCCAAACGAUAUUGUCGCAAACGAAACGAAAGCAACUUUUUCUCUCCUAUUAUUAGCCAAUUUUCGCAAAUAAACUUUACUAUGGCGCUCAACGGCCCGGGUGUCUAUCACCGCACCCGAGAGCAUGAGCAAGAAGACGCUUCAAACAUCACCAAGAACAUCCUCGCCGAAUCGUGGAAAUCAUGGCCCAACGAAGCUGCUUUUGAUCGUCUAGAAGAACAUCGUGGUCCUCUCCGCCUAACUCUCAUAGGCACCAUCCCCCAAUGGGCAGCCGGUUCUCUCUACCGCACUGGUCCCGGCCAAAGUCGCGUUGAAGACACAGCCCGUGGCACACACUUCACAACUCACUGGUUCGACGGCUUUGCACAGACUCAUCGCUUUGACAUUAUUCCCUCUGAAGAUGGCGAAACACAAGUGUGGUACUCAUCAAGACGACAGGCUGAUGAGUGGAUUGCUGAUGUGAAGAAGAAAGGAUGGCGAUCAGGAAUGACCUUUGGCCAGAAAGCAGAUCCUUGUGUUGGGAUCUUUGCAAAGGUCAUGACUGUUUUUGAACCAAAGCUGGGGAAUCAUAAUGUUGCGCUUUUGGCGAAUGUUCCUGGUGUGCCAAAGGAUGAGAAGGCGGAGGCGUUGACAAAUGGAGUGACAGGGCCUCUUGGACAUCGAGUCAACACGAGUAAUCUGUUUGUUUCUACAGACUAUACUGGAAUACGUCGCAUCGACCCUUCAACUCUUCAACCCCUGGGCGAGACUACACAAUACGACCUUCACCCCUCUCUCAGCGGUCCUUGUUCCUGCUCUCACGCCCAACGCGACCCCGACUCAGGAGACUUAUUCAACUUCAACCUUGCCUUCGGCCGAGUUCCAACAUAUCGCAUCUUCAGAGUCGACGCUGCCUCAGACGAAACAGAGGUCCUCGCUACAAUCUCUGAUCUCAAUGUUCCACCAGCGUACAUGCACAGUUUCUUCCUCACAGAAAACCACGUCGUGAUAUGCAUACCCGCAUCCCACUAUGCAUGGAGAGGACUAAAGACACAGUGGGAGGGAAACAUUGUUGAUUCCAUGAAGCCAUUCGAUAAGGAGAGGAAAUGCAAGUGGCUUGUCGUUGAUCGCCGACACGGAAAGGGGCUUGUCGCUACUUUCUCGACACCCGCUGCGUUCUUCUUCCACAGCGUUAAUGCAUUUGAGAAACAGGUGAUAGAUGAAGAUGGCACUGAACGGACAGAUCUUUUUUUCGACCUGGCCAAGUAUGACAAUAUGGAUAUCAUCAAGGGCUUUUACUACGAUGUUCUCAUGGAUCGCGACGACGCUACGAAGAAAUACUGGUUCAAGAAUGACCGGUACAAGAACUGUGCACCAACUCUCACAAGAUACCGCUUCAGAUUGCCCUCAAGUCCAACGCCAGAUACAACAUUCUCCGCCAGCGCAGAACAAGUCCUCGCCAUCCCAAGCCCACACGCCGGUGAACUCCCAACUAUCCACCCCCUUCGCACCGGCAAACCCUAUCGCUACGUCUACAGCGCCUCACUACGCGGUCUAACAACCUCAGUCGACGCUCUGGUAAAGACAGACUUGGAUACUGGUGAGGCUUUCAUAUGGACGGGACCUGAAGGACAUACCCCUGGUGAGCCGGUUUUUGUACCAAGGCCUGGAGCAGAGGAAGAAGAUGACGGGAUUAUCUUUAGUCUGGUUGUCGAUGGAGUUAAUGAGACGGCGUAUAUACUGUGCUUGAAUGGAAAGACGAUGGAGGAGAUGGGUAGAGCAGAGGCUGAUUUUGCGAUUGGACAAGGAUUUCAUGGCAUUCAUUUGCCAGCUGCUUAAAUCAAGGGUUAUAUAUAAUCGAGCGACGCAUACAUAUAGAUAGGCACGUUUCACCAAGAGCGAACAUUCAAUCUUAUAAACAGAAACUAUUCCCCUGAGCAAAUCAUAGCACGUUAAGAACUG